AUCAUUACUUACAAUCAAACAGCAUGUUGGCACCACCAGAUUGGAGAGGCAGCAUCUGGCACUGUGAGUAAGCACGUGAGAAGAUGAAAAAAGGCCUGGUGGAGCAAAGCCUGGCUCCCCAGGCACCUAUGCACAUGCUGCUUCCCACUGUGGUUCCAACCACAGUACCACUUUAGUAACGUCUCCUUUUGAAAAUGCAGAACAUCGAGUAAGUUGUCUUUUUGGCUUUUCCUGCCAGAGCUGUGGGUUUCUGCUCUGGAAUCAAGGCCAGGUGUUGGCAUUGGAGGGCAGCACUCCCUUGGAGGCAGCCAGGACAGGUCUGCUCUGCCCUGCUCACGGCUCUUCUCCUGCAGGUAACUGCACAGUAAGAAACACAGUCUUGACUCUUCAAGUUCCUCAUCAUACUUCUCUCUCUAUAAAAAAACUUUUUUUGGCAGCAAAUGCAGACUUGCAAACAGCGCAAACUCAAAAUCCUCUCUGCGGCUUAAUAUACCCAGUGUUUAGCUGGAAGCUUUUUAGCUGGGAAUGACAUAAAGGGCACAUAUGGCUUUUUCAAAGUCACUGAGUUGAGCUGGAACGUAGCUGGUAAGGGAGCGACUCACAAGUGCCUGAUGUCUCUCCAAAGCUCUUCUUCCAUAGGGAGGGCUCCCUUUAGCAAAGCAUGGCCACAUGGCCCCAAGCCGCCUCCCUUCCUGAAACGCACUGUGCUGUGCGCAUGAACCCUGAACACACCUCAGUGCAACUCCCACGGAAGUCAGUGAGCCAGGAAGACUCAGGCCUCAGGUAUUUACUGCCCGUCUGGCUCAGCAUCGAACAACUUGGGCCUGCAGCUGUGCACUGACCUGGCUCUGUCUGAAACUCACAUGGAUGGAGUGUGGGUGCUGAGCAGUCUGAAAGGAGCACAGGCCCUACUUGGAAUGGAUCAGGCUGGAGACAUCCAGAGAUCUCCCUGACAUGAACAUGCCUGUGGUGCAAAGUGCAGGCUGCAGGGAGCUCCGUGAGGAGUGGUAGAUGAUGAGUGCCAUGGAGAUGGAAGGUAGUACUUAAACCAGAGCUGGCAGCAAUUUCUUAUCUAUCAUAUGCAAGGAUUGAAUUGCUUGUGCUAAACAAUGAAAUGAGCCAUUGACUUCUGCCAAAGAUUUUCACUGGAACUGUUUUUAUUCCGGAAAGUAGAGAUAAGGGGCAGAAGAAUUUAGCUGGAAAGGCUUUGUCACCUGAUCCAUCACUCUGUGCCCUCAGUGAGUGUGAACACAUGUCCAACCCUGAGAUGUGCUGCUGCAGUUGUAUUGUGUGUUUUCCCCAGAAAUUUGGGUAGAGCAUUAGCAACCAUUUCUCUAAUUAGCAACCAUUUCCCUAAUUAGACAUGUACGUGUGCAAAAAUCAAGGUUUCAGAUAGAGAUUUCUGAACCCCAAGGUUAUGACAGCAAAGCUGUGUUGGAAACAGAACAGUGUGCAGAGUGGGUCCUGCAUGGAUACAGAGCUGUGGGGUAGGAGUGCACAAGUUGCCAGGAGCUGCAGCUGCAUUUCAGGGACCCUUCAGAACAUUCUCACAAAGCCAGCAACCACUGGCUUUUCUGCUACCAUUUGCCAGUCACAACUUCCACGAGGAACAGGCCCUUCCAAAUACCAGGGUUUGACAAGACAGCAUACGGUUCUGUUAUCUUACACGCACAUUUACCCUACAAAACCCACAUUUGCCAUUAUCUCUCUACGGGUUUUCUCCAGCACCUUUUUUUGCCGGAUUUUCCCCCGCUGCCCCACGCCUCGCUCUGCCUUCCCGCCCUUUGCCUCUGCCCUCUCCCCGUCCUCACAGCCCUGCCCUCGAUGCCCAUCUAGGCGGGACGGCUAUGGAAAGGGCGGCUCAGGGGAGGGGCGAGACCCCCCGAUCGGGGCUCUGCUGUCCCCGCACAGCCUGGCCCCGCCGGGGAUGGGCGCUCCCGGCCCGGCUCCGCCUCGGGCACUCCUCCGAAGGAACCCCGCGCGGGUGGAGGCGGGCGCGGGGCGGGCUAAAAGCGGCGGCAGGUGAACGGGGAGGGACCUUAAAGCUGCGGGCCGGGAGCCUGGGGCCGGCUGUUCCUGUGGCACCGCACCGCUGAGCCCGGGUGCUGGCCCCGAAGGGGUCCCGGCAGCGCUGAGGCAGUGAGCGCGUUAUGUGAAGUGCCCGAGCAGCUGCGGCACCGAGCGAAAUAAAGGCUUCCGCAAUUGCAGGUAAUACCUUUAAAACAAGACAAUGGAUUGGGGAGCUCUGCAGACCAUCUUAGGAGGUGUGAAUAAACACUCCACCAGCAUUGGGAAGAUAUGGCUCACAGUCCUGUUCAUCUUCCGUAUCAUGAUCCUGGUUGUGGCUGCAGAGAGAGUCUGGGGAGAUGAACAAGAUGACUUUAUCUGCAACACUUUGCAACCUGGUUGCAAGAAUGUUUGCUAUGAUCACUUUUUCCCCAUCUCUCACAUCAGACUCUGGGCCCUGCAGCUGAUCUUCGUUUCUACCCCUGCUCUGCUGGUGGCCAUGCAUGUGGCUUACAGGAGGCACGAGAAGAAAAGGCAGUUCAGAAAGGGAGACCAAAAAUGCGAGUAUAAGGACAUUGAAGAAAUCAGAACCCAGAAGUUUCGUAUUGAGGGCACCCUGUGGUGGACAUACACUUGCAGUAUCUUCUUCAGAUUGGUCUUUGAAGCAGUCUUCAUGUAUGCAUUCUAUUUCAUGUAUGAUGGGUUCCGAAUGCCUCGCUUAAUGAAAUGUAGUGCUUGGCCCUGCCCCAACACAGUAGACUGCUUUGUUUCUCGACCUACUGAAAAGACAGUGUUCACUAUUUUCAUGAUUGCUGUGUCCAGCAUUUGCAUUCUUUUAAAUGUGGCUGAAUUAUGUUAUUUACUGACAAAAUUUUUUCUCAGAAGGUCUAGAAAAGCUGGAAAUCAGAAACACCACCCCAACCAUGAGAAUAAAGAAGAAACCAAACAAAAUGAAAUGAAUGAGUUAAUAUCUGAUAGCUGUCAGAACACAGUUAUAGGAUUCACAAGUAGCUAAGGUGGUGUCAGUGCUGGUAUUCACUCCGAAAAGAGUGAACGUUCUUUGUCUAAAGGCUGCAAAUAAAAUUUGUUAUACUGAACAGCUUAUGUUGGGGGAGAUUUAGAUGUGUAGUGACAGGUGUCAGUAAUGCACCUGCUGAGGGGGAAAAAAAAAAGGCAGCUUAAACAUUUGAAAGUUAUGAGGAUUAAAUAGGAAAGUGUAUUUUCCUACUGAUAUCCUUACAAGUUGACUAUGACAAGUGCACUAGUGCCUUUGUGCUGGUUCCUUGAAAACGCUAUGCAACAGCAAUAAGAACAAAAGUCUUUCCAAGCUAGAUGUGCUAAUGUUUCAAACUGUUUUGUAAUAAAGAUAGUUUUUAAUUGUGAACAGAAAAUUAAAGUAUUUUUGUAAAAUCUAAGAUUCCAUGUUACUUAAGGUGUUACAGUAAGCAACUGACUCUGUGCUUUAUUUAAGCAGGUAAUUGCAGAUGGACCCUGCAAUACCAUAUUCAUAGAGAGGAAAUAGCAGUAGGCCACUUCUUUACAGCUUUGCAAGCACUGCUUGAGCCUGGAUGUGUAGCUUGAGGCACCUGCAUCUGCACUUCUGGCUGUGGGGCUGUGUGAAAUCCCACCACAGGUAGUGUGGAGAACUGGGGUAGCUAGCUUCUGAGUGCAGUGCUGUGCCUAAAAGCAGCACAGCAAUACAGGUGCAGUCCAAGUAGACCUGCUUUUGACAACUAGCAGACCCAGUAUAAGUAUUCCUGUUAAUCUUUUCAUUGCAUGCUGCCAGUUUUAUAGAAACAUACGUAAUUUUAUGUAAAUACUCCACUUAGCACAUGUUUAUUUCUCUAAUGCAUUUGCUGUAUUUGUUUCUUUAUGCUUUAUCACAUCAUUGAACCUUUUGCUUUUGUUAGCUAUUUUUUUUCUUUUGUGGUAGACUGGUGUUGUUAUGAAACUAGGGGCUCUUUGUUCUGGAAGACAUGGGAAAGUAUCUUAAACACUGGAAAUGGAGAAAGUCUUCUGAAUAAAAGGCAAACACUUUAAACUUUGGCAAUGAAGUGAGAGUCUAUAUAUGAAUGCUAGUGAGAGCUUAAGCCAGACAAGUGCUUAUGAAAGGCUGCUUUUGAGCAGGGACUCUGCAUCUGAAGUGUGCAUGGCUUGUACGCUGCUCGUUCCCACCCAGAGCACUGAUGCCCUAAUUCUGUUGUCCCCCAUAAUGGAGGUAAGCACACAACCUGUCUGCUCAGGAGGAUGGGGUUUUGGGAUAGAUGUGCUGUUGAAAGCAAAG